ACCUCACACACACACUCCCGCUGCGCUGACACCCAGGAGGGUUGGAGGAAAAGACAGAGCUCUUGUAAGCAAGCUGUCGUCUGUCUCUCACACAGGGAAUUUGAAGAAACUCUUAAAGCCAUGAAGUACGCCGUGUCCACAGCGGCGGCCGUGACCGUGGGAGUGCUGGUCGCAACAGCAGCGGGCGUGCUUGGAUAUUACUACCUCAACAAGAAGAAGAAACCGCUUGUCACCCUGGUUGACCCCACUGUCAAAUACCAGCUCCGACUCAUAGACAAGGAGGUCAUCAGUCAUGACACCCGUAGGUUCCGCUUCGCCCUCCCCAGCCCAGAGCAUGUGCUUGGCCUUCCCAUUGGUAAGCAUGUGUACCUGUCGGCCCGUAUCGAUGGUAACCUGGUGGUGCGUCCCUACACUCCCGUCUCCAGUGACGAUGACCUGGGAUACGUGGACCUGGUAGUCAAGAUCUACUUUCGGGACGUGCACCCCAAGUUCCCCGAGGGCGGCAAGAUGUCCCAGUACCUGGAGAGCCUGCAGGUGGGGGAUGUGGUGGACUUCAGAGGACCAGGAGGACUACUGGAGUACAAGGGAUCCGGUGUGUUUGCGGUGCAGCCGGAUAAGAAGUCUCCUGCUGAGAUGAAGACGGCUAACACACUAGGACUCAUCGCCGGGGGAACAGGCAUCACUCCCAUGCUGCAGCUGGUUAGAGCUGUCAUGAAGAACCCCAGCGACUCCACAACCUGCCACCUGCUCUUCGCCAACCAGACUGAGAAGGACAUUCUGCUUCGUGAUGAGUUGGAGGAGGUUCAAGCCAGACACCCCGACCGCUUCAAACUCUGGUACACCGUGGACCGCGCUCCCGAAGACUGGGAGUACAGUCAGGGCUUCAUCAGUGCUGAGAUGAUGGGUCAGCACCUGCCCCCCCCUGCUGACGACUGCAUGGUGCUGAUGUGCGGCCCGCCUCCCAUGAUCCAGUUCGCAUGCAACCCCAACCUGGACAAGCUCGGCCACCGCCAGAGCCAGCGUUUCGCCUACUAGCCAAUAAGAGCCCUGCUUCCAACGCGUCGCGUCGCGUCACGUCACGUGACCUCAGCUCAGCCAUUCCCCCAUGCUCGCUGGCUGGGUUUGAGUACGCCCGUCCAGUUCUUGGGGUCAGUUAACAGAGCCAGCGAGGUGAUUGGUUAAUCUCUGAGCGUAUUGUCUUCAUAUUUACCAUUUCUAGAAAUAAACUCAUUUUUACACCUCCUCUUGAGUUAAAUAAUUGAGUUGUAUCUUUUUGCUGUACUUUUAGCGGUUCUCUGAGUCUGGCAGUGCAAAUUUUACCUCUAAGCUAGCAUAUAUCACUGAAUCUUAUGGGUCCGACUUGCAGCUAGUUGGUCCCAUACGAUUCAGUGAUAAUUGUUAGCUUGGAACUAAAAGUAGCAUCACCAGCCUAAGAGAAUGGCUGAAAGAAACUCCAUCACAGAAGAAACUCAAUCACCUAACUGAAGGGAGGUGUAAAAUGAGCUUAUCUCCAGAAAUGGUACAGUAUCACUUUAAGUGCAGCUGUGUGACGCCACUGUCUGCUGUGCCUAUACCGCCCCCCUCAGGUCUGGAUGGGAAUUGCACCCCAAAGAGAACUGCUUAUGAACACACACAGCGCACACACACACAUACACACAGCACACACACGCACACACACACACACACACACACACACACACACACACACACACACAUACACACAGCACACACACGCACACACACACACACACAGGGUAGGAGAGGUGUGGCGAUGCCCUACGUUACCCGCCCAGAGGCCAAUAUUUGUGUUAGCCAGACAAAGGAAGAGAGAGCGAGCGAUGGAUAGAGGGAGGGAGAGAAAGAGGGAUGAAGAAGAGGGGGAGAUGGAGGAAGAGAAAAGGGGAGGAGUCAAUCCAGAUAUGUUUUGAUCAAACUGGAGUUCAUGUCAUUGGUAUUUACAGUGGAAGAAUGAAGUAUUAAAGAUUAGAUUAUCUCUCUCACACACACCAACACGCAUACUCCACCUCUCUCUCUCUUUGUCUCUCUCUCUCACACACACACACACACACACACACACACACACACACACACACACACACACACACACACACACGUGUGCUUUCUCAUAGUGGACUAUAUCCAACCAGCUUUUUCUCUGAUUGGCUACACUAUGAUGUCCCAGUGCUGUGUGCGUGCGUGCGUGCGUGCGUGCAUACAUACGCGCUUGUGUGUGUGUGUGUGUGUGUGUGUGUGUGUGUGUUUGUGUGCGCACAUGCCUGCAUGUGUGUGUCUGUGUCUGUGUGUGUAUGUGUAUCUGGCUUCUUAAGAUGUACAUUUGUAUCCAUGAUGCUGAUAAUCCUAUAGAGAUCAAAUGCCUUACACACUCCCACAUACACACACUCUCCCACGCGCACACACACACUCCCAUGUACACACUCGCAUACACACACACACACGCUCAUGUACACACACACACACACACACACACACACACACACUCCCACGUACACACACACACACCCAUGUACAAACACAUACACACACACGUGAUGUCUGUGGCCUAUGACCUACCGUAUGGUGUGUGUGCUCAGGUUAUAUUACUGUUACGCUCACGUGUGGAUGAGACCUUUCUACGCAUGUUGUGAGUUUGUUAUGAGUUUAUUAUGUGUUUAUUAUGUGCGUUUUCUAUUUGUUUUUGCAAAGAAAUAUCCAGUAUAUUGUUCUACAGUGCACUACUGUUUCUCUCUCUUUCUAGCAGUGUUCAGAUUUCAAUGCACUUCAUGCGCUGCCAUCAGCUGAAUGAAAUAAAGAAAAUAAA